AUGGGUUGUGAUAUAUCCGAUUCAGGCCAUCCACUCUACCGCGCUAUUGCGGGAGCCGCGCCCACCAAUCUAUCCAAAGCGGCCUUUUUCCCACCCACCCCCAUGGUGGUAGCACUGUUCCGCCCCUCUGACGUCGAUAUCCGGCUGUCCCCAAUCCCAGAGGAGAAAAAACAUGGCUUGCAGCCCGUGGCUCUCUUAUCCCAGGCCCCAUACGAGGAUGUUAUGAUCCCGCUUUUGGUCCGGGUGCCUUAG